AUGAAUCUAAGCUCUUAUAAGAACACAAAGAACGCUGCAGAGAAGCCAUCAUACUAUAGCAUACGGUGCGAAAUAUUAUUCGGUAUUAAUAUGUAUCCAAAUCAACCAGUAGUUGUAACUGUGAACAGUGAUCUUCACAAUCAAGGUGAAAAAUCCACUCAUGAUUUAAGUUCAGAAAUCGAAGUAGAUGAAGCUCUCGCUCGAAAGAUGGAAUUAGUCAACAACGCAAUUGAUGAAAUUGGUUUUACAUCUUAUCAAAUGAAACUUUUCUUUCUCAAUGGUUUCGGCUAUGCCGUAGACUCAUUGCUCAUCCUGCUCAAUGCUCUAACACAGCCACAAGUUGCUCUCCAAUACAAGCCAGUCGUUAGUAAAGCACAAACAAUCUCGGUUGGAGUUGGUCUCCUAUUCGGAGCAUUGUUCUGGGGCCUAGGAGCUGAUGUAAUCGGCCGUAAAUAUGCUUUCAAUAUUACGUUGUUAUGGUGCGCGGUCUUUGCUACUGUGGCGGGAGCAUCGCCCAGUUAUAUAUUUGUAUGCGUAUUUAUUGCAUUGAUGGCUUUCGGAGGGGGUGGCAAUCUUAUACUCGAUACUGCUGUUUAUUUAGAAUUUCUUCCGAGUAAAUAUCAAUGGUCUCUUACAUUUAUGGCUUGUUGGUGGGGUGUUGGCCAAAUGAUCGCCGGACUGGUCGCUUGGCCUUUUCUAGCCAACUAUUCUUGUAAGGCAGAUGAAGUUUGUACGAAUGCAAAUAAUUCCGGAUGGCGGUAUACAUUUUAUACGCUUGGAUCAUUUGUUUUCCUUCUAUCGUUACUUCGCAUGUUAGUUAUUCGUUUGAAAGAAUCUCCAAAAUGGCUUCUAUCACAGAAUCGAGAUGAAGAAGUGGUGAAAAUUAUCGGUGAAAUUGCUCACUCAGCAGGUAAACAGAAUCCGUUAACGAUUGAACAAUUACAAGAGAUCGGACCAAUCACUGCGCUCAGUGAUUUUAAAAAGUACGAUUUAACUGUCAUUUUCCAUCACAUCAAAGGUUUAUUUCCUAAUGCCAAAGUGACUUACUCAACCUUACUGAAUAUUGCUUCAUGGGCUCUGAUUGGUCUCGCUUAUCCGCUUUACAAUGUCUUCCUUCCAUAUUACUUACAAUCUCGUGGUGCUAGCAUGGGUGACGGAUCGACCUACACGACCUAUCGUGAUUACGCUAUCGUUAAUGUUUGCAGUAUCUUCGGACCAAUUAUUGCUGGUGGUCUGGUUGAAGUUCGUUUUCUUGGUCGUCGAUAUACGAUGGUUAUCGGAGCUCUUCUAACGAUGACUUUUCUAUUCUUGUAUACAAUCGUUCGUACACCUGCACAAAAUCUGGCAUUCAGCUGCGUGAUUAGUGUUUGUCUAAACAUCUACUACGGAACCUUGUAUGCGUAUACACCCGAAGUCCUUCCAUCUGCUCAUCGAGGUACAGGCAAUGCGAUAACAGUUGCAUGUAAUCGAAUCAUGGGCAUUGUGGCAGCACUCGUUGGUACAUACGCAGAUCUAUCAUCGAGUGUACCUAUCUAUGUAUGUGCUGCAUCCUUUGGUGCUUUAGCUUUGUUUAGCUUUUUGUUUCCAUUUGAACCGCGAGGAAGUAGAAGUGGAUAA